AAGAAAACGGGUAAUAAUAUGGGAUAAUAAAUUAAUAAUAUGGUUACACACGCACGCAUAAAUCUUUGAUCAGUGGUUGAAUAACAGUCAGCAUUAAAUACACAUACACAGGAGUGCACCCCUUCCUUCUGUUACCCACUUGCCCUCCUUUCUUUUUUCUCUCUUCAUUCUCAGGUGAUGCACUUGUUUGAUCUUGUAAUGUUAACCCAAUAUUUAAUUUAUGACAAUCAAAUCUAUGUUAUCAACCACCAAAUCUAACCCCCCCUUUUCAUUUCCUGCUACUUAUCAUUAUUAAACUACUACUCCUUCGUUUUCAGUGCACUCUACUAUAUAUUCAUACUUCUCUCUUAAUUAUUUCCUCAUUUUCUUUCUUUACAAAAAAAAAAUGUGGAAGGUUGAAGAUGUGUUAAGGGAGCUUAAAGAAGAAGGAAUAUUUGAAGAAAACAAUGGUAAAUUUAGUGACAAAGAUGGUGGUUUACCACCUGGUUUCAGAUUUCAUCCUACAGAUGAAGAACUCAUUACUUUCUACCUUGCAUCUAAGGUCUUCAACACUACUCCUACUACUACCAACUUAUUCUUGUCCAAUUCCGGUGUCCAAAUUAUUGAAGUUGAUCUCACUCGUUGUGAGCCUUGGGACCUUCCAGAAAGAGCGAAGAUGGGAGAAAGAGAGUGGUAUUUGUACAGCUUAAGAGACAGGAAGUACCCUUCAGGGUUAAGGACUAACAGAGCUACUGAGACUGGCUAUUGGAAGGCUACUGGUAAAGACAAACAGGUCUACGCCACUGGUAUUACAACUACUGCUGGUAGUGGUGGAGGAGGAAUGUUGAUUGGUAUGAAGAAGACGCUCGUGUUCUACCAAGGCCGUGCUCCUCGCGGCGUCAAGACUAAAUGGAUUAUGCAUGAGUACCGUCUUGACGGCCAUUUCUCCUCCUUUCGUCUCUCCUCUAAGGAAGAAUGGGUGAUAUGCAGAAUAUUCCACAAGAAUGCAGAAAAGAAAUACUCUCCACAAAUUCAUCAUCCACCUUCUUCGCCACCGCCGCCGCUGCUGCAGCCUUUAUCUCCUUUCCUAAGCAGUUUACCUCCUUUGGCUGAACCACCUAACACCACCACCACAACCACCCAAUCAUUAGCUGAUACUACACCCUGGCAACCUCGUCAUUAUGACCUCCUCCAUUCCUUAUUGGUGAACCCUUUGCCCAAUUUUUCAUCCAUCUCUGGAUCAAACACCAAUUUCCCUGCCGCCGCCUCAAGGGAAACAACCCGGUUCAAGUCCUUCCAACAGCGAUGCCUCUCCUCCACCGCCAGCAACAGCAUUGCUGCUGCGGCUACUGUGCCUGCUGUAACAAAACAGUGGCAGCAGCAGUGGGUUGACAAAAUAUGGGCUCAGAAUGAGUACUUCCAAAAUCAAUAUCAUAAUCCCUUGAAUAUUGAUCAAAUGAUGGAACCUCAACCUCUUCCUAAUACUUACACUGCUGCUGCUGCUACUACUACUGUCAAUGAUAAUGAUGAGGACGAAGAUGUCGAUGUCGAAGCUGCUGUUCAUCAUGCUGAAAUGUCUCCCUCAUUUGCAGUAGCAGCACUAGACAGGAUGCUAAAUCAUACUAUCAAUCACCACCAAUACCAUCCUACAGAAUCUUGGUCUUUUCGUCUUCAUCCCUAAUAAUUUCAUUAGUAUUAUCAUUGUUAUUAUUACUAUUUCUUAAUAGUUAGAUAUCUAUUUUUAUGUUAAAUUAGUUGCUGCUAAUUAUAUAGAUCUACAUAAAUACUCAUCUAGCUGCCUAGCUAGCUAACAUAAAUUUAUGUAUACAAAUAUGCUACUUAAUUAUCUACUAUGCCUUUGCUACUUUUGUGCAUACAUGAGAAAACUCCCAAGUAACCCAUGCACGUGCAUAGCACCGUACCCUUCCUUGACCUCUCCAAAUCCAAAAAAGUGAAUAAAACACGUAACAAAAAAGUGCAUGAUGAGUUUUAAUACAUAUUAGAGUUAUAUAAUCAUGUCAUGUGUAUGAAUUUGUUUGUGUGGUCUUCACACAAGUUCGAAACAUACGAGUAUAAGCAAAGUGAAAACACGGCGGCUAUCAUAUUGACAAAAUCAAGUCCAAAUGAUCCUCAAUGUAGUGUUACUUAUCUAUAUCCAAUACAUCAACGUAUGUUAGUUCGAAGCUAGACUUGUAUAAUUUUAUGUAAGUAGUGUAUCAAAAUCCGAUGAAAAACUAGGCCAAAUCGAUCCUUAAUGUAUGCUCAUUCGAAGCUAGACUUGUUACUCAGGCCUCACCGCCUCAAGGUGUAACGACGGGAUAAAAACAGCUAGUAACAGUGAAGGGCGAGUUGUAAAAUGGUAAAAUGUUUGGCCGACCUAAAAAUUGUACUAGUCUACCUCUAAACUCUAAAGUCUAACCUAACCUCUAUGGCUCUAUUAUUAUUAUCAUACAGUAAAAAUGAAUGCUUGAAUGAACGAAAGAAAGUUGAUCAAACCAAAUACGAACAAAGCAAUAAUAGGGCAUGGAUACCUAGCCCAGGUCAGGGUACAGCUAUAUCCAUCCAGCCAUGAAUUUUAGAUCAGUGUCUCUCAGUGCACUGCAAAGAAUCCUCUGCCGAUAUAAUGUAGCCCCUAGCCAAGGUUA